AUGGCAGGCAUCACGGCAGACGAGCUUGUGCAGUGGUUGGACUCUCAGAGCGCUGGAUCCGUUUUGUACAUUUCAUUUGGGAGCGUGGUCAAGCUUUCAAAAGAACAAACAAAGGCCUUAGCGAGAGCGCUGGAAGGCAGCCAGCAGCCCUUCGUUUUUGCUAUCAAAAUCAACAUCAGUUAUCAACAAAGUUCAGGAAGUGCAAAGUAUUUUCCAGCAGGUUUUCUGGACAGAAUAAAGGAUCGAGGGGUGGUCAUAUGGGGGUGGGCACUGCAGUUCUUGAUUCUUUUGCAUCCUUCCGUAGGUGCUUUCAUGAGCCACUGUGGGUGGAACUCUACGCUUGAGAGCUUAAGCCUUGGAGUUCGCAUAGUCGGAUGGCCUAUGUUUGGGGAUUAG